UUCCUUAUAUUUCAAAAAGAAGGAUAUUUACAUUUACAUUAGUAUAUUGCGUCAGUUUUCUAUGUUUAGAAUCAAUUUCUUAAAUAUUCCAAAAUUGGAUAUUAUCAAGGUAACUAAGUAAAUAAAAGAACGGAGGAAGUAACUCGUUUCGUUUCAUUUAAAAAUAUUCAUCGUUAUUCGAUCUUGAAAAGUUAAAAUUCUAUAAAAUAACAUAUAAAAUUACCACAUAGAAACACGAGUGAUAUCCCUUAUCUCGUUGAUCAAAAAAUAUACUUUUAUAUAGUGAUUUGAAAAAGAUAUCGAAAUCGAUCAGCUGCAUAGAAACACUGCGGACAUCGAUAAAGGUAUAAACGAAUUUUAAUCACGCUUCGUGGCAGCAGUCCGGUAUACGAUCAAAGCUCCGAAGCCUGGAAACGAACCAACAAACCGUCGUGCUGUUCCCAUAAGAAUGCGAAAUGGUAAACGAAUACCGUAGCGCGUUUCAUGUUACGUCUUGGUUCCAUUCCCAAUGAUAUUACACAUCGACACAAUAUUUCAUAAGCAUAGAAUAUAUUUUUUAAAGAUGUUAUAUCAUUCGAGCCAAAAACAUUUCUUUUAGUUUUCACUCGACUCGAAUAAACUAAAGUAAACUAAAGAUAAUCCAGAAAUGUUAUUGGUCCGUGCAAUUGACCAAUCGCCGUAAAGGACAUGCAAGAUUGAGAAAAUGGGAUAACGUGAUAAUGUAGAACAUAAGAGGUUAAUAAAUGUCGAUAACGUAGCGAUAAAAUGAGGGCGCGAAAUCAAACGUUUUCUUUAUCCUUCAUCGAAAAGAAUCCCAAUUCCGUUUACCACGAACGUUUUGUGUUUUACUGCGUAUCGUGACAGGCCGGACUCAUGACUAUACACGGGAAAACAUCAUCAUGGUCUCGUAGGAAUGCAAGAACGAAAUUGCAGAAUGUUCCGUUGCUCGAUUAAUUUUAAGGUUCGACGAGCGAACAGAACAAUGUAUAACGUAGUGGAGUAGUAUGUAGUAGUAUGUAAUAGUGUAGUGUAGUGCAGUAGUAGUGUAGUAGUAGUGUGAGUAGUACGUAACAACGUGGAGUAGUGUAAUAGUAGUUUUGGAUUUGUUAAAAUCAUGGUUGACGACAAAUUAAUUAAAAUCGUUCAAUCGACUUUCUCAAUUUAUGGACUUGUAUUAUCAAGGACACUUAGUAUUUCUGUUGCCAAACAAUUAUCACAACUAAAUGAGGAUGAGCAAGAAAAUUGGCUUACGGGUGUAGUAGAACGAGUAUUAUCUCAAAAUUUAAAAACUCCACAUGUAGAAAUUGAUCAUGUUAGACUUGCUAUUACAGAUUUUAUGAGAUCGGAUGUUUUAAAAGAAACUGAAACAAAAUUAAAUGUUAUUGAUGCGUAUGAUAUACCAAAAAUUAUAUAUGAUCUUAAAAAGAAAAAAUUUGUGUUACAAAAAGUUGCUACAAAUUUAUAUUCAGAUGUAACACAAAAGACUAUACUUUUUAAAGAUAGAUUUGAAACUAUAUUAUAUAGAUUAUUAAGACACGAACUAUUUGUUUCACGAAAGCUUGGAGAAAAAAAUCAAUCUAGAAUAAAAUUAACACCUAUCGAAUCCUUGUUUAACGAGAGUAAGACAAGAGAUAUUUGCUUAUUAGGCCUUAUAGCUGAAUUCUCUGAAAAUCAUUAUUAUUUGGAAGAUCCAGGAGGAGCAUUAAAAAUUGAUUUGAAACAUGCAAUUUUCCAAGAUGGUUUGAUUAUGGAAGGUUCUAUAGUAUUAGUUAGUGGUACUUAUACCAGUGGGGUAUUAUAUGUUAAAGAAAUAGGAUUUCCACCACCAGAAUCAUCUGAUAAUUCACGUGCAGAUUUUGGAGAUGCUAAUACAUUUGGUGGACCUCAUCCUACGUCAUUGAAAUUAUCUGAAAAGUUGAAAGUAUAUGAAGAAUCCAAUCAAAAUGGAAUGAUAAUCUUCCUAUCAGAUUUAUGGCUUGACAAUUCGGCUGUACUAUGUAAAUUCAAAAUUAUGUUGGAUGGGUUAAUGGACAUUCCACCAAUAGCUUUUGUAAUAUGCGGGGAUUUUUUGAGUUUUCCUGAAAACGAAUUCAGUCCAGCAGCGAUGAAGGAAGGUUUUAAGAAAUUAGCCGAUUUGAUAGUUCAAUAUCCGACUAUAAAGGAGUCUUCGAAAUUUAUAUUUGUACCAGGUCCUUGCGAUUUAGGCGCACCAAAAAUUUUACCGAGACGAUCAUUGUCUAAAUAUGUGGUCGAAGAUGUUCAGAAAGUUAUACCUGAAGCUGUAUUUGCCACUAAUCCUUGCAGAAUUCAAUAUUGUACUAAAGAGAUUGUGGUAUAUAGAGAAGAUAUAUUAAUAAAAAUGUGUAGAAAUACUUUACGUUUUCCUAGUGGAGAAGAAUCAAAAGUACCUAAUCAUUUCGCUAAAUCUAUUAUUUGCCAAGCACAUUUGGUUCCAUUAACACUAACGGCAAGUCCUGUUUAUUGGACACAUGAUUAUGCCUUACGUUUACAUCCUACACCCGAUUUAAUUGUAGUCGCUGAUAAGUACGAACCAUAUUCGACUGUUUACUCAAAUUGCCAUGUGAUUAAUCCUGGAUCAUUUCCAAAUAAUAAAUUUUCAUUUAAGACAUACGUACCAUCGGCAAAUAUAAUCGAAGAUUGUGAAAUUCCAAGUCCGCAGUAAAUAUAUCGAAGCAUAUUAAAUGUAUGAUAAAUAAAAUACUAUUAAAGUUUUUC